CUUUGUAAAUAAUUUUAUAGAUUUCUAAACCGGAUCGACUAGAUAUUAUAAUAAAUCAAGGGAUGAGUUUUCAAUAUAUAAAACAAAGGUAUUUAUUCACUUACGUACCUAACCUAAUCGUGUGUUUAGCCUAUAGUAUAAUGAUAGACUCUUCGGUUCAAGCCGCCGCCUCUGCGGUAGUCGAACCACGGUGGAAAAAGAGGAAACCGAAUCCAUCUCCACCGUCGUUUUCGUCGCUUCCAGAUGUAAUAAUACUAAACUGCUUAGCCUGCAUAUCCAAGUCCUACUACCCUAUACUCUCCCUAGUCUCCAAGACCUUUCGCUCUCUCAUCUUAUCUAGAAAGCUCAACCACGCACGGUCUUACCACAAAACACGAGAAAAGUUAUUUUAUAUAUGUUUGCAGCUUCCUGACCGUCCUCUUCCCUCAUGGUUCACCCUCUGGAUAAAACCUUAUCAAACCGAGGAAGAGAAUAUGAAGAAGAAGAAAGCUACCUUGGUACAAGUACCCUCUUCCUAUGCUCCUAAAGAACCAUUGUUAGUCCGUACGGUUGGUUCAGAUAUCUAUGCAUUAAGACAACGCUAUCCCCCGUCCCCGUUCAUGCUAGUCCGCAAUAAAGAGAGAUAUAUAUGGCGUAACACACCUAACAUGACUGUCGCUCGAGUGAAUCCCGCUGCAUGCGUACUCCACGGGAAGAUAUACGUAAUGGGAGGGUGCAAUGCAAAUAAAUCCGCGAAAAGCUGGGGUGAGGUUUUCGAUACAGAGACUCGAACAUGGGAGCCUUUACCUGACCCCGGAGACGAGCUCCGGUUCUCUUCAGUGAUUAGAAAAAUAAAGAUUAUCAGAGGGAAGCUCCUCGUUAGGAGCAACGACGAGAAAGACUCUGUCUAUGAUCCGAAAACACGUAAGUGGAAAGCUACGGCAAAAGCACGCGAGGGUGACAGUAGGUGUAUGGUAGGUAAUAUAAAUUACUCUUGUCGUAGGGAAUGUUGCAUGUGGUAUGACAAAGAGGGUAACGAGUGGAAACAUGUCAAGGGGUUGUCUUCAUUCAAUAGGAGUUGUCGUCGUGGUUUGAUUAAAACAGUUGAAUACUGUGGGAAACUUUUAAUCUUGUGGGACAAGUUUGCGAAUUGUGAAGAAGAAAAAACUAUUUGUUGUGCUUUGGUUGCGCUUGAAAAGCGCCAAAAUGGUCAAGUUUGGGGGAAGGUUGAGUGGUCUAAUGUUGUGCUUACGGUUCCCAGUUCAUACGUUUUCUUGCGUUCUUCCGUGAUACGGAUUUGAUCAAUUGUAUCUACUUUUUUUCUGUCGGGAAUGGCUUUUAGAUUUAUUUGUUUAAACAUUGGUUAUAUAAAACUAUUGGUAGCUUUGC